AUGCAUUUAAAGACGACCUUAUUAGCCCCGGUCGCGCUCGGGGCUGCUGUUGGAGCGAGCAGGAAUGUGCGCGAUAUCGAUCCAUGUGCGCAGAUCACUAGUCUCGUGGCAGAUGCCAAUGAAAAAAAGGUCGAUACAACGGUGCCGCACGAUUUGGCAUAUCAGUGUCUAAAGUCGAUGCCGUUUGAAUCGGAUCGAGCAACAAUCUUUCUUACCAAUGUGCGCAAAAUCCUCGAGUUUCAGUCCACUGUCGACUUUCUGAAGUCACCCCCAUCUGGUUACAAGAUGCCAUCUGUCGACCUUCUGGGAGGAAUCGAUACAAUCCUAGACAAAGCCAAGGGCGAUGGCUACUCGAGUCAGUUUGAGAUGGAUCUCGAAACUUCCAAUCUCAUCAAGUCCGCGCAUGAUAGCCACUUGGUCUUCCAGCUUUGUUCACAGUCCAUUUUCAACUAUGUCAUCGAUUUUCCGCUUGUGUCGGUUUCAUCAGAUGGACUGUCGCUCCCCGCAAUCUAUACUUUGAACGACGCAAAUGUCAAGGAGCAAAAUCCCAAGGAUGUCUCACCCCUUGUUUCUAUCAAUGGGACAGAUGCAGCGAAGUUUCUCGAAACAUACGCAUUUAGCCAAGCUCUUCAAGACCGCGAUGCGCAAUAUAACCGAAUAUUCCCAGCUUCGGCUCGCAGCGUCACCAAUACACCCAUCGGUGUCAAUGGCCUUUGGACCUCCUCUACUGAAUGGAGCGAAGGUUCCGAGCUGACCAUCGAGUACGGCAACGGGACGAAACAGACCAUAGAGAAGAAAGCCUCUCCCACUGAGAGGUUCUUCUCAUAUGACAAUGGCACCGAGCUAUACACCGUCAACUGCAUUCCUCGAACACUAAACUCCGCUUUUAGCACAUCCAGUACCGAGGAAGCCUCAUCAGAAGUACCAGGGCUUCCCGAUACGACUUGGAAGAACUCAGCAGGUUCCGUUGCAGGUUAUUUCUCUAAGCUUACCGGCCUGGAAGACACGGGAAUCCUCUUCCUUCCGACAUUCUCUUCCAGUCCGAGUGAUGUUUCUCGGGUCACCGUGGAGUUUCUGAAAAACGCCACAGAGGCUGGCAAGAAGAAUAUCUUGAUCGAUCUGACCGGCAACCCAGGCGGAUCUAUCUCAAUCGGGCUUGAUUUGUUCAAGAUCUUCUUCCCGGAAGAAACGCCCUACACAGCGACACGUUAUAGAGCACACGAUGCAGCGAAGUACCUCACAAAGGCCGAAUCUUCGGACCCCAGCGCAGACGCGAGCAACCCAUUCGGAUAUAAGAAGAACGUCAAGCCUGAUCAAAAGACCGACUUCAAGUCCUGGGAUGAUCUCUAUGGUCCACACGAUACUCUUGGAAGUUCUUCGUCCAGCUUGUUGGCUAAUUUCAACUACACGGCUCUCUCGUCUACCAGUUUUCCCAUCAAUGGAUACGGAAGCAUCGCUCUGGACCCGAAGAAAGCCCUCUUCCCUGGGAAAAACAUCGCAAUCCUUACCAAUGGUGAAUGCGCCUCAACCUGCGCCCUCUUCCUCAAAUUAAUGAAGCGCCAAGGCGUCCGCACCAUCGCAUUUGGCGGUCGACCUACCGAAAGCCCCAUGCAAGGAGCCGGUGGCGUCAAGGGAGGCCAGUCGCUGCAGAUCAACUAUAUCAACGGCUACAUCCAGCAAGCAAAUCAGGCCAUCCAAAAGGCUGCGGGGACCUCGUCCCCGAUCCUGAGCACGUCAGAAUGGAAACGGUUCAACGAGACGAGUCCGAACCUGACGCCGUCGUUUUCCUGGAGUGGGAAUAUCAAUCUUCGCAACGAGUAUGAUCCCGAGGAUGGUGAGACCCCGUUGCAAUUCGUCUAUGAAGCUGCAGAGUGCCGGCGCUUUUAUACGCUGCAUAAUUACCUUCAGCAAGAGACUACGUGGCAAGAUGCUGUGAACUCGAUGUUUGGCGAUGCAGGGUGUGUUAAGGGGUCGACCAACGGGGAGGGAAGUCUGGAUGCUUGA